AAUGAGUUUUUGUAUUUAAUUGUUUUAAAAUUUUCAAUGCUAUAACGAAUCAACUGUAUUUCAAUAUUCUGUUGGGAUUAUUAAGCCAGAGGAGGAAUUUUUUUUUUCUCUCAAUAGUCCUCUAACUAGGAGAUGAGGCAGGGUAAGGGAUUUGACAGGCAUAGGUGCUAAUGUGAUCAGAAGUUAUGUUAUUCAGCUAUUUUGUUCUUACUUGUUCGAGUGCUCCUUAUUGCAAUGAUACCAUUCCAGAUGUAUUUGAAGACAUCAGUAAAAAUGUAAAAAAAGGAAAGACUGAGGAGUCUGAGGUAGGAUUUGCCUUAUAAUAGAACUUGCUAUUUUCUUAUGGGGAAACAAGGGUAUCUUACCAUCUUGGAAACUGUAGUAUUUUCAAUUGUUUCAAUACAGCUUUUAUUUGCUUUAAGAAGGUGAUGUUAUUUCAACUUUUUUAUUUAUAUUUUAAGUCUAAAUUGUUAAGAGAUUUCUUGUAGCUAGAGUGUGGUGUGUUUCAGGGACAGGAGUGAAUUGGUGUGUGGAAACCAAUCUGGAUAUUUUUUCAGAAUAAUCAAUUGAUCCAACUUUUAUGAUUUCUGUGGAACUACCAUUUCUCUUUCUCUUUAAAGAUUUCUGCAUGUUUGGUAGUUGAAAUUUAGAGCACUCAAUAUUUUGUUUCCUUUAACACUAUUUCAUUUUGCUUAAGUAUUCCAUUCUUCUCCUGUUUUAUUUCAGCAUUUUAGCAUAAUGAUUGUAAAUGCAUGAAUUGUUAAUUUGCUAUCUGCAGAGUCUAGUCAAAUCAGUGGAGGUUUACAAAUUUUCUGUCAGGGGCAAAUUCUGAAGACUAGAUACUAUGCUAUAGUCUUGUAGUUAAAUGAUUCAAAUAAAACGAGACUGAAUUUUUCCCAAUUAUUUUCAGGAACUAGAAGAUGACAAGGAAAGCAAAGAGACUGCUGAAGUACACCAGAAACUGUUUGAGGUUAGCUUGUCAAAUGAUAAUAUGGAUCACAUUUUGAGUAACAAUUAUGAUCUUGUAGCUGGUAUAAUGUUAACUUAGUGAGACUGACUGAUAUCAUUAAAGAGUGAUUUGUUAAGGGGGAUCUAGGACUUAGUGAAAGGGGGUUCAGAUAAAUGUCUACUCAAAGGUGGACAAUCUUGAGAGGGUCAGGGGGCAUACCCCUGCCAAGAAUGUUGAAAUAAAGGUUUUAGAAAAAGUUGUUUCCAGUGUUCUAAGGGAUAAUUAUGGAAAAAAAAAAUAGAUUUACAUAUUUUUAGAUGUUUUCACCCCUCUCUUUCCUUUUCAAAUCAUCUUUGAAAUGCUUUUAUGUUCAAUAAUGUCAAGUAUCAAGAAUUUAUGCCAACUGAUUUGGUAUUUUUCAUGCAAAUGGCACAAUCCCUCAAGGAUGGUGGAUUGUCUGUUUUUAACUAAGUUACAAGUCUGUUAACGGUGUAUUUUGUUGCAUUUGUAUAAAUAGAAAGAUGGUGAUGGAGAAGGUGGUGAACCUGAGACAGAAGAAGAUAUUGAAACCCCUCUCCCUGAUCUCAUGAAUUUAAAUUUUUACUUUGAACAAGCUGGAAUAGGAUUGAGCCGUGAAGAAAUGUUUAGAGUAUUUCUCGCAUUAAAGCAGCUGGUGGAUACUAAACCAUUACAAAUGGUUCGUUUUUGGGGUAAGAAAGAUAAUUAAAAAUCACUGUAAUUUGUUUUUGUUUGAUUUAAGUUAAAUGUUUUGACCCAAGAAUAAGCACCUCCAAGUCCUUUUAGUAUAAUUUGUGUGGCCUGCAUAGAUUUUCAAUCAGCCAGCAUGAAAUUCAAGAACCAGAGUAAAAACAUAAUAUAAAGAUUUAGCCAAGCCUAAAAGUGGAGCUCGCAUUUUUUUUUUUCCUACACGUCUCAAGGGCACAACACCUUGCCCCUGCCAGGACUAGAACCUGGGUCAUCCAACUCGGAGCCCAGUGCACUGACCACUGGACUACUGGACAAAGCCAUGGCGUUUGCGUGCCCAUGGUACAGUUGACCACGCAUGUUAAAAGUAGCACCUUGUACAGUCAUACGGUUGUAUGGUCGUACAUCCAAAUUUUUUCAGCUUGAUGGGUUACUACUAUUUUGUAUAAUUAUGGGGCUAUGCUCUGCAAGCUCUGCUAUAAAUUGUUUACAUGUAGCUAUUUGGCGACUGGUAUGAGUAAUGAAGAAAGCAAGACCUUUUGAACUGAAUUGAUUAAUUGUCAACUCAAGAUUAAAAAUUUGCUGAUCAGAACCAGCUCAUGAUAUUUUAAAGUAGCUCUGGAGUCUUUGAGAAUUGUUUAAAUUGAUUGAAUCAUAUGAAGAAAAUGGUGGAAAGGGUCAAAUUAAGCUUGCAUGUGUUAUUAAGAAUAUCAUUAUAAUAUUAUUACAUGUAAAAUGUCGGAGGGUUUUGUUGAAAGCAAGAAAGUGGUCAAAACACAAGACGGGGUGGAUAGAGGAGAGGAAACCUCCACACUUGGACCCUGUGAAUCUGACCACUUCACCUGAUCUUUCCAGUUUGAAUUUAUGUUAACACUGCAGUUGAUUGGUUACCCAAAAUCAUUUUGAGAUCAGUAUAUCUCCAGACUUCUCCAUUUUCACCAGCUAAUGAAAGGUUUUUGAGGCAACAUGGCUUACAAGCCAGAUUUCAAAUUCUGAUAAAAAGGCUAACAUCACAUUUCAUUCGCAUGCAUAGUGGUUAACUAAUUUGAUAGAAAUAUUUAAUAUGAUAGCUAUAUAAUUAUUUGGUAACAACAUUCGGGUCUCCAUGCCUCAUUUGGAUGCCCCUGAAUGCCAUGCAUUAAGGAGGGCAUAGUUACUAAAACAAGGAAUGAUCUAAAAUGACCUUGAGUGAUGUGAACAAUCAUGGACUGGAUCACAGAUCGGAUCACAGACCAGAUCAUGGAUUGGAUCAUGGAUCAUAUUAGAUCAAGUUAAAUAAAAUAAAAAAUUUUGCGUGACAAUAAAAAAAUAAAGUCUGCAUUACAUAUUAUUGAGCUCAAGCCCCACUGGAAGGUUUUUUUUUGCCAAAAACCUUAGGGGUCAGAACACAAUUCGAAAAAAAAUAGGGUUUUGAAAAAUACAACAAUCAAAUCAUUACAAAAUAAUAGAGAGUUCAAAAGAAGGGGGGUGUGAAAAAAUUAAAAUAUUCUCAAUGAAAAUUAGAGAUAUCUCGUAACAAGCCCAAAUAGAAGGCAGGCCCAUUUGAAAGUUUUUUUGCCCCAGAACUCCAUGUAGUCACUUUCACAGCUGUGUCGAGGAGUUGUGUUGUGCCGCCAUGGAUGAAGGCAAGUGAGAGGUACAAAUCAUUCUUCAAUAAGGAGGGGGGCAUUGGGAUUUUUUGGCUAUUUGAUAUUGGUUUUUCGGUUUUGUGGUUUUGCUGUUCCUUUUGCUUUGUGGAUUUUAUGUGGUUUAGCAUUAGUUUUCAGUUUUCAUCAAAAAUACAAACAGGUUUUCAAAAGUUUUUCUGGUUUGUCUUUAAUCUGAGUGGCAAUGAAGUGCCUCCACUGAUCUCAAACAGCCGCGAAAUGCAUAUAAUUCAUGUGAACACAUAAAGAUCAUAUUAUCUGAAAUCACAAUUCACAAGUUUUUAAAAAAAAAUCAUGAUUCACAUUCAAAGCAUAUGAGACCCUCAUUAAGUGUAGGUUGGGAGGUAGUGAAAGAAAUUUGAAAAUGUUAUGUACUUGUACACUUUAUAUGCAGCUGUUUGUGUGAAUGGGAAAGAGAAGGCAAGGUCAAAUUCUCAACUGUGACGUCCAAUGAAUAACAUGCAUUUCAAUUCCACAGGUAAAGUGCUUGGUAUUGAGUCAAAUUAUUAUGUGGCAGAGGUAGAAUACAGGGAAGGAGAAGAAGAGGAGGAUGACGAAGAAGAAGAAGUGAGGAAUUAAAAAUCAGCCAUUACAGUUUAUUUUACCUCCCAGUUUCUUAUAAUGAAUGGGGUGAUUGAUUGGUAAAUUUUGGUAGUCAUUAACUCUACUUCACAGCCAGCCAAAAAUUCAACAUUGUUUUUGUCACAGUAUGUCUCACUAGGUAUCACCAAUUGUUGUAACUUUGGUUAGUGGAUGAAUUUUUAGAUCCUCUCUUUCCUUUUAAAAUCAUUUGAAACUUGCUUAAUUUGACUUCACAACAAUUUGCAAUAAAUUUAAUAUAUUAAAGUUCAGAUGGCAAACAGGUGAACAAUCAGAAGUAAGCCACCAUCAUCAUGAUUUAAAGGAGCAUGGGCAGAGUUGAUAUGCCAGGCUUCCAAACAAAGGCACUGGUUGUAAGGCAGAUUAGUGGUGAUAAUUUUAGACUUAUCUCACCCAGUUGUAUGGUAUAUAGUUAGGCAUGUGUGCUCCAAUAAAGAAUAGCCUCAAUGUUAAAGUUGUUCAAAAAUCUUUUGACUUUGGGGCAUAUUUUUGCCAAACCUAAGGAUCCUAUUACGAAAGAACAAUGAGCUGAUGCUAUUCAUUGUAUUCCUUGCAAUGAAUGUGAUAAAGAGUAUAUCGCACAGACCAAAUGUCAGUUUGGUACAUGUUUGAAAGAACAUCAAAAAGCAGUCUUCUUUUGUGAAAAAGAUAAUUCAGCUUUAUCAGAGAACACAUGCCUAAUUAACCAACCAUACAAUUUGGUGGGAUAGGUCUAAAAUAAAUUUUAUCUCUACUUUUGGGAAGUAGAUUUGUAAUCUUAAUUGAAGCUGUGCAUUGUGACUAGAAAUUGCUUAAAUUUCAAAGGAGAAAUGUAAUCGUUUGUGGUCAUUAUUUGGGUGUGGAUCAUGACAUUUCCACAGCAUACUGCUAGUCUUCUUCCAAGCCUGUCAAAGACAAUGUAGAAAAUUAAUGAAAAAAUAUCUUACCAGCCUUGUUUUCUCAGUAAGUUAUGGAUCCUGCCUUUUUCCUCUCUGAUGCAUGGCCAAACUUAAUGGUUAACCAUUUCACUCACAAUAUCUCUUUAGUAAAUCUCCUUACUGUCUGUCUCCUUAUUGUCUGCCAAACAAUUCUUAUGAUGCAAGUUCUGAGAAUUUGGUAAUGGAUCAACUACAAAUUCCAUAAUUGAUAAUUUUCUUUCCUCUCAGUAUUUGUCUGCGUCACAUGGUAUCAAUAUUAUAAGGAGAAAUUCUGUUCAGGUCAGCUAUGGGAGUUAAAUGUUUAUGAGUCAUUUAUUCCAGUAAAGAUGGAUAUAUUUUUUUCUUUGUAGCAGGGUGAGGGUGAAGGAGAUGAACAGGCAAAGGAGGAGGAUAAAGGUGAAGAAGGUAUGUGUGGUUUGCAAGACUCAAAGCUUUUAAUACCUUCCAAAAUGCUAUUAAAAACCACAUUGUGCAUCAGCAGUAUGUUUUUAGAAUACUGCAGUACCACAAUUUCAGAAUCCUGAUACCCUGAUACUCUGAUAUCCUGAUACCCUGAAAAAACUUGAACAAUACUGUGAACCCUUAAGUCCCUCUCUAUAUUCAUUAAACAGUCAGUAUGAAAAGUUGACAUGAAAAAGGUAACUAUGUGAAUAGGUAGGUGAGAGAAAGUUAAGGGUAAUUUUUUCCACAUUUUUACUCUUUAAAAAACCAGACCAGUAGGUUUUCUUAGAUUGAUUUUUGGCCUGGCUCUUGCAAUCUCUGUUGUAAUGAUUGAGUGUUAUAAAUGCAGUUCAUUUUAAUACAGAUCCAAUUAGGUUUUUAACUGUAUUUUUUAAUUAUAUGCCAUAGAUGAUGAAGGUGGUGAAGAAGAUGAUACACCCAAACCAGAGUGGAAACCGCCCCCAGUUAUACCUAAAGAGGAAAACAGAACUGGCACUAACAAGAGAACUUUCUUUGUUACAACUGAUCGUACGUAUUCUAUUGCUUACUUCUUCAAUGUUUGACAAACUUGUGUCACUUUAACAGCUGUCAUCACCAUCUAAUUUAGCUCAUGUAUGGUCAACUUCUGAGUCAGAAGAUCCAUUCUGGUAGAGCUCAAUAUUCCACUUUUAGUAUUGCAUAGUGACAAGGACAUUUGCUUCUCCACACUGGAUGGAAUGCCAGUCCAUCACAGGGUUACCUUUAAAAUUUUAUCAGUCUUCUUUACAGUCUGCUUUUUCACUCCUUGGUAAGAAUAGGGUAGUUAGGCUAGAGGUUACUUAUGUGUUGUAAACACAAUGACCUGGUCAAAGCUACAACUAAUGAACUUUUUAUCCAGAGUCCAGCACACUUUGCCUGGUCAUCAGUCCACCACAUAUAUGUGUAGGUUGUCAGCUGUUGAUACCAACAACAGGAUACCCAAUGGUGAUAAAGUUCAAAUUGUAUUCCUGUUUCUGAUAAAUUCUGUAAAUUUUGUGAUAUUGUGUUGUUCUGUUAGUGAUUUUUAUAUGACAACAUUGUCCUAUAGCUAUGUACAUGGAACAUAUUCACUGUCUCAUAGAUCCAAUUUGUUUAAUUUCUCAGCUGGUAAACCUUGGAUAAAACUUCCAGCUGUGACCCCUGCACAAAUAGUAGCUGCAAGAUGUAUUAAAAAAUUCUUUACAGGAAGACUGGAUGCUCUGGUAACAUCACAACAAUCUUUAUUAUCAUAUUUAUUGAAAAAAACAAAUAGUUGUAAAAAGUGAUCCUAUUAUCUAUUGUUUUCGGUUGAACCUCUUUUACUGUGUUUGGAUGUGAGCCAAGGAAAUUCAAGGAGGCCUAAAUCAAGUCAAGAGUGUUGGUAAACUUGUCCAAACUGUUCAGCUAAAAAUCAUACCUACAAUGGAAACUUAAUAGGGUAAAAGAAAAGCCAAAUAGGAGACAUAAGUAGAUUGUUUUCAACUGGAAAGUUAAGCUGGAAGUCUCACCUUUGAUUUACUCUGGUCAGUUUUUUGGACACAUGAACUAACAUGUCAAUCUUGAAAAGUUUCCUUUUUUUUUAGUUGUUCAGGGUUUGGAAAAGCUUAAAAAUUUAAAUUUAAAGGCUGUACAUCCUGGCUUUCCUCCAGCCAUAUACCUCUGUUGUUCCAUAAACUGCAUAUAUUUUUCUACAAACUAUCACGGUAAUUCACGGGAGAAUCUGAUAAAGAACCAAAAAUUUAUUCUUUAGUUAUCAUUUCGAUCUUAUUUCUUUUUUUACCUUUUCAGAUUGUGAGUUAUCCACCUUUCCCAGGAAAUGAAAUGAAUUAUCUGAGAGCACAGAUUGCUCGCAUUUCAGCUGGAACACAAGUUAGCCCUGCAGGGUACUACAUGUUUGAAGAAGAGGAGGAGGAGGAAGAUGAAGGAGAAGGUAUCAGUCUUCAACCCGUAAGCCAUUACUGGGCCAUGUAAUAUCCUACUUACAUUGCGCAUUACACGAAGUAUAUUAUAUAAGUAUAUAUGCAAUCAAAGCACGGUGAUCCCAAACAAAACUGUUUUAAAAAUAUAUACUUAGUGAGGUUGAGAGUAAAUUUUAUUGACUUGGGUGAUAAAUUAAUUGAUAUUGGCCUUUGCAUCAAACUUUCUAUUAAGUUCUUUUUUGUGCAUAACUGAAUCUUAAUGACAAGGUAAUUAUGUUUUUAUCAACUGAGUUGAUAAUGUAAAUUGGCCACCGUAAAGAGUUUCAAAGCUGACGUUGUUGGCGCCAUUCACUCUGACGAAGGGCUAACGCGCUAAUUUACAUUAUCAACUCAAUUGAUAAAACCAUAAUUACCUUUUUAUAAUCCCCUACCGACGCAGCUCCACAGUUUCUUUAGAGACUUGCCCUCUGAAUCUGAAUGAUUUUGCAUGGGAACCCAGAACUCCUGUUUCUACCGAUAAGGUUGCAGUUUAAGUAAUGAUAUAAACUGAAAAUAACCAUACUUAGUUCUGUACUAGCGUCAAAGUUGACAGAAAAUCCGUUUUCCUCUCAUCCUUUCCACAGUGCGUGACUCUUACAUGUUGAAUGUUGACUUUGAGGGUAUAAGUGUGAGAGAACUUGCAGAUCCAUCACUUCAUAACUGGGUGCAUCAUGUACAGCAUAUAUUACCACAGGUGUGUGGGGUAACUGACUGACUUGAAUUCUUUUUUCGCAUCAAUAUGGCAUUUGAAAGGUGCACAAAAUUAUGUAACACUUCUUUGUCACAUAAUGAGAAGAUUGCACCGUCGAUAAAUUUUUUUAAAGAAACUGACGCGCCGAAGUAAUUUUGCUGAGUCUUUUUAUAAAAAAAUAAACAGUGAACCAUACACACAUGGCGUACAGAAGUUACAUCGUAAAAGAGUCGAAUAAUUCGACUUAAUUCAGCGUAAUUUUCUCCGUGUUUUGGUAUCGUAAUGACUUUACUGUUGAAACUACCUACGGAUCUUAAGAAGUAACAGGCCUUUAAUGACUGAAGAAAUCCUUCUCGUUUUUUCUUCGUUAGGGUCGCUGUGUUUGGCACAAUCCUGUUGAAAAACCUGAAGAUGAUUUUGAAGAGGAAGAAGAGGAAGAUGAAAAGGAAGACAUAGAGGAACCAAAACCAGAAUCAGGGCCGCAGUUAUUGACCUCCAUAGCAGAGGAUGAUGGUAUGUAAUGAUUUAUGUUAUUGUUAUUAAGUGACAAUAUUAUUUCUACCCCUUGAAAAUCAAAUUUAUUUCUUUGUUUCUUCGUUAAUAUUCACCCCAAAACAAACCCGCUUGUAAUCGACCCCUUGAUAUCCCCCUGUAACCUAUUGCGUGCAAAACGUACUUCAACCAUCUGUCCUUAACGUAUAUUGAACAAGUUCCUUAUGAAUGAUUUGGAAAUGCCACUGACAAUUGUGAACUUAUUUGAGGUUACGUAAUUGUUCACCAUGUAAGGUCUUUUAGAAACAGCUCUAUAAUGGAUACCUGGUCCAGGAACCAGUUGUUCAAAGGGCGAUAACGCUAUCCAACAGAUAAAUCGCCAUAGAGAGGAUAAGUACUGUACUACCCAUCGGAUAGAGAUUUAUCCAUCGCAUGGCGUCCCGAAUUCUGGACUUGUUGGGUGGUAGAUUCUAAAUGAGGUAUUUUUAGAAAAUACCCUUCCCUCCCCUUCCCAAGCCGUGCGAUUUUGUAUUUUCUCUCUCUCGCUGACCUCGCUAUCACGGAACACAAGAGAUACCAUGCUGAGCCGCUCAAUACCUGGGACCGAACAACACCCAGGGAAAGCUUAUCGGACCCAGGGAAUGACAUGGUAUGGCUCAGUAGGCACGUUGUAAGGCCUAUUGCGUAUGUCUUUAAUUGUUCUACUGGUCACAGCUGUUAAUGGGAUGCCGGCGUGGACUCCUAACAUGUCGUCAGAGUUACUACCUCAGUAUGGCCUCGCUAUCAUGCGCUCAAACAGGUGGCCUGGUGCAGUGGCUUUUGCCAAAGACAGGUACGGAACACGUGAAAGUAAAAAUGACAUGCAUUUGGUCUGUAAACUCUCCCUUCCUAAUAAUUAUCUAUGGUUUGACCUUCUCCUAUACAGCUUCUUGGUAUUAUAAACCGAACUCAGAAUUCAACAAAAUCUUUCGCACCUCUCAAGUCCAAUGUAGGCGACUCUCUGUAGUUCUACUGAACUACUAUUUAUUAACACUUGAACAUAAGCUUAUAAAGUUUGUAACCUCUUGCACCUUAGUAAAUGUUAAAUAAGGAAAUUCUCUCGCUUACAUUUUUCUGUGUCCAUCUACUUGCGAAAGAAAAAGCUCGAAUAAACAGGCAUUCUCUGAUAUCCAGCAUGUCCACAAACGCGUGUUCUAAGUCACAGGGCAAUGGAGAGGAAAAGAGCUUACUUUCUUUUUCUUUUUUUUUUUGUGUCUUUUCCAAAGGAAAUUCGAAAAUUUAUAUGUUGGAUGGGGACACAAAUUUGAUGCGGACAACUACACCCCGCCCCCACCCCCUGCUGCCAUGGAGGAGUACCCUGUGGUACCGGAAGUAACAGAGGUGGAUGACCCAACAGUAGAGGAGGAGAGAGCACUGAAGAAGGCGCAGGAGGAGGCCAUGGAGGCUGCAGAGGAUAUGGAUGAUGUAGAUGAUGACGAGGAUGACGACGAUUAGGAAACUUUACUCAAAUAUCACGAUUACUAUUUAUCUUUUAGACAAGACUUGAUAUUAACCAAGAAUUGCCAACCUACCAGAUUUUUGAAAAUACAAUUGACGAUUUAUGAUGUAUAUAGUUUGAUCUCUCCUUGAAGAAUAAAGGGU